AUGCAACCUUACAAAGGGUAUGUUGACAAAGUUUAUUUGAUUGCAAUAUCAAAUUUACUUGAAACAGGCAGAAUGAAAUGGGAAGAAGCUUGCACUCAUGUUCCCAUUAGACCGGAACUUGCAAGCAAUAUAAUAACAUAUCAAGAUGUUUCGAAAACCUAUCUUAAAGAUCAAUUUACGAGACAAGGUUUACCUAUACCAAAAUCUAAGCGUGGACGUCGGGAAAUCCCCUAUGACCAAAAUAAGUCACUUAUGGUUAUAUCUGAUCACUGGGCUUUUCCUUGUGGCCAGGCAAAACAAUAUCAACGCUUACGGCUGCAAGGAAAUGAUAUCUCAUAUCGCGAAGUUCAAAAAUAUUUUCGAUUAAAUAAUUAUACUAGAACUCUUGUAGCGCACGUCGGCCCAGAAACUGCUCUUAGAUAUUGGGCAUUAUCCCCAAUUUAA